AUGUUUGCCGAGAGUGUAGCAGCUCCAUUGAGCUCGGCUCAGAUCGGUUUGACCUCGAGCUGGACGCAGGACGGCGUCACUGUGGCUGGGGGAAAUGGAGCAGGUACAGAACUCAAUCAGCUCAAUCGGCCGGUCGGUUUGUUCGUGGAUGAGGAUGCCACUGUGUAUAUCGCUGACUACCGGAAUCACCGUAUUAUGGAAUGGAAAGAUAGUGCGACAAGUGGUCAAGUGAUUGCCGGAGGAAAUGGAUAUGGAUCAAGGACUGACCAACUGAAUUAUCCAACAGAUGUAAUUGUCAACAACGAGAGUCUCUUCAUCUGCGAUUACAGCAACGGACGAGUGGUGCGAUGGCCUCGUCGAAGUGCCACAAGUGGAGAAACGAUCAUCUCAGACGUCUAUCCCGACGGCUUGACGAUGGACGACAAUGGAUUUCUCUACGUCUCUGACCGGAGCAAGAACGAGGUUAGACGACGGCGAGUGGGCGAGAAUAGUGGGACAGUGGUGGCCGGCGGUCAUGGACAAGGUGAUCGUCUCGAUCAGCUCAAUAAUCCUACCAACAUUUUUGUCGAUCGGGAUCAUUCAGUGUACAUAUCGGAUUUGAACAAUCAUCGUGUGAUGAAGUGGAUGAAAGGCGCCAAAGAAGGUAUUGUCGUAGCCGGUGGUCGAGGCCAAGGAAAUGAUCUGACACAAUUAUCGAGUCCUCGAGGAGUCGUCGUCGAUCAAUUGGGCACUGUCUAUGUGGCUGACAGUUACAAUAAUCGUAUAAUGCGUUGGUUCAAAGGAGCCACACAGGGAAAUGUCCUUGUGGACGGAAAUGGUGUAGGAGAAUCAAACCAGCUCAGUUCUCCUCAGAGUUUGUCAUUCGAUCGACACGGCAAUCUCUAUGUCGUCGAUUACGCGAGUCAUCGAGUCCAAAGAUUUAAUAUUAAUCGAAGUUGA